CCCCGCCCCCAACCCCUACCUCCCGCGCCUGGCUUCGCCAGACGGGACGGUCACUGGGGCUGGUUCUUUAGGGAUGCGAGCGAGUUGCCGAACAGAAACCCUCUCCGAUAGUGAGAUUCCAAAGAAGGCUGUGGAAAGUGGUGUAUUCCAGUAUAAAGCCCUCAGAAGUGGGUGGGCUUUGCUGUAUAAAGCCAUUACCCUGGACUGUCAAUUCCAAAUCAGGACUUCUCAGACUCCAUUGCGAGGAAGGACUCCCUCCAGUGACAGCAGCUGGCAGUGGGAAGGAAUAGAAGUUGGAUCUGAAGGCGGGACUUGCUUCUAGAAAGAAACUCAUCAUGGAAGGAACAGGGAGCCCACAGCUUUGAAAGCUUUGGCUGUGGGGGAAUUCCAUCUUCUGGGAGUGAGUGAAGGAAUCUAAUCAGCUAAGGUCCUUCUUGGCUGGGAAUUCCACCCAGACCUCAAGAAGCCAGAAAGCCCACUGCUGUGGAUGUUUUCCAAAUUUCACCAAGCCAUUCCUGGAUUUAUCCCACUGUGAUCCUCUGCCUGUUUGGAUUUUUCUCCAUGUUAAAACCCUCAGAACCCUUCCUUAUCCCAUAUUUAUCUGGACCAGACAAAAACCUGACCAGCGCAGAGAUCACGAAUGAGAUCUUUCCCGUUUGGACAUACUCUUACCUGGUGCUGCUCCUCCCCGUGUUUAUCCUCACCGAUUACAUCCGCUACAAGCCCGUCAUCGUCCUACAAGGGAUUAGCUUCAUCGUCACCUGGCUGCUGCUGCUGUUUGGCCAAGGAGUGAAGGCCAUGCAGGCUGUGGAGUUCUUCUACGGAAUGGUCUCGGCCACCGAGGUGGCCUACUACGCCUACAUCUACAGCGUGGUCAGCCCCGAGCACUACCAGAGAGUGAGUGGCUGCUGCAGGAGUGUCACGCUGGUGGCCUACACGGCGGCGUCGGUGCUGGCCCAACUCUUGGUCUCCCUGGCCAACCUGUCGUACUUUUACCUCAACGUCAUAACCUUGGCCUCUGUGUCCGUGGCCUUUCUUGUCUCACUUUCUCUACCGAUGCCUAAGAAGAGCAUGUUUUUUCAUGCAAAUCCCAGCAAAGAAGCUCCUCCAAAGCCACCGGGAAAGGAUGCUUUCUUAGAAGGACCUCCCAAGGAUCAGGGACCAGUCUGCCAAGGACUAUUCACCAUUUCAGGGAACCUGGAUGACGACCAGCUGAGCAGCCCAAAGCCAGGAAACGUAGCUUUGAGAGCUUUUGUGCAGUGGUUCCAAGAUUUGAAGGAGUGCUACUCCUCAAAGCGUCUUUUUUACUGGUCCCUGUGGUGGGCUUUUUCCACAGCAGGUUUUAACCAGGUCUUGAACUAUGUUCAAAUCCUGUGGGAUUACAAGGCACCGUCGUCCCAAAAUUCUUCCAUCUAUAACGGGGCAGUAGAAGCUAUUGGAACCUUUGGAGGGGCCGUGGCUGCCUUUGCAGUGGGCUAUGUGAAAGUCAACUGGGAUCUACUGGGAGAGCUGGCCCUGGGGAUCUUCUCAGUUGUCAACUCAGGCUCUCUAUUUCUCAUGCAUUAUGCAGCCAACAUCUGGGCAUGCUAUGCUGGCUACUUGAUAUUCAAGUCCAGCUAUAUGCUUCUUAUAACCAUAGCAGUAUUUCAGAUUGCAGUUAAUCUGGGUGUGGAGCGCUAUGCCCUGGUGUUUGGGAUCAACACCUUCAUUGCCCUGGUGAUCCAGACCAUUAUCACUGUGAUCGUAGUGGAUCCGAGAGGACUCAACCUGCCAGUCAGCAUUCAGUUUUUAGUUUAUGGAAGUUAUUUUGCAUUCAUUGCUGGCAUUUUCCUAAUGCGAAGCAUAUACAUUAUCUGCUCAGCCAUAUGCCAAAAUGAAGUGCAGAGCUCUGCCGGAAGUCAGAAUCCAGAUGGCCCACACUCAGAACACUUAGAGGGACCAAGGAAAGUCACUAUGGGAACAAGGCUCUAACCUUGUGUCAACCACUAUCCUCUGAGCGAGGACACUCUGCUUGUCACAAGUCACUGAGUGCCAUAAAUUGAUGCACUUCACAAAUCUGGAUCCCAAUGAACCUUUCAAAGCCACAACAGAAUUUCAGCUUUAGACCAGAUAUCUGUGUGCUCAGUUGAACUGAGUACAGCCAACAGGGCCCAUCACCUCAAAUAACCCAUGUUGGGGACUCCUGUGAACAGCAAGGACUGGAAAUUUCAGCCUUCCUGGAAUGGAGGGUCCCCAUUUGUGAACAGAAAUACUAAUGCAACUGAUCCUUUUGCAUGGUGUAAAUAUUUACUUGAUGUUACCAAAAUAGGCAACACAUGGAACAUUUUUUUGUCACAAAAGCUGUUUUCCUUCUUCUUCCAUUAAGUGUAUUUCUAUAUAACUUGAAGUAUUCUGAGAGAACUACAAGGUUUGGUCUCAUUUCUAAGGACUCCUCUUUAAGCCUGAUAACAUAGAAUUAUUCACAAACUAUUAUUUAAUAAUAUCAGCACUUAAUUUUUUCAUGAUUACUUUUCAUUUUGAGCCUUGUUGUUGAAACUCUACCUCAGGAGUAGCUCCCGACAUUCCUCUGUGUCCACACAAUGACACGCAUGUCAGUUUGUAGCAGUCCUAGGAGAGGCAAUGAGCUUUCUCCCCACCCUGACUCCAGAUGGGUGUUUUAAUGCUAUGUCAGUGAAAUGUUGGUCUAAAACAGAGAAACUGAAGUAGAAAUUUUCAGGGGUUUCUAGAAGCAUUCAUAAAUAAGAAUGGGGGCAGGGGACAUGAAUUUUUAAAUGGCAGUGAUUGUGCCAAAUAAAACAAUGUGUGCAAAAUA